UUUCCCCAUUCCGCAUCCGCUGAUGCGAGCAGACGAUCCAUUUCUCUCACUGGAACAGGACGAACUGGAAUAAAAGAUUUUGAAGAAUAGCUUGGCCUUUACUUUCUUUUCAAGGUAGAGGUUAAUUGGUCAGUAAUGACUUCAGCGGAGAGCAACGGUGCAAUGAACAGGGUACCGACCAGCCCCCCUGGUUCACCCACAAAAGAUGCCCCCAAAUACAGGGAAAGAGAGCAUUGGGGUAAUAAGAUCGAAUUUGUUUUAUCCUGCAUGGGAUUUUGCAUCGGUCUCGGAAACGUAUGGAGGUUCCCCUACCUUUGUUAUAAAAAUGGAGGAGGAGCCUUUUUAAUUCCUUAUUUAAUAUGCCUAAUUGCUGGAGGUGCCCCAGUCUUCAUUCUUGAGAUAGCAUUAGGGCAAUUUACAAGUCAAGGUGGCAUCACUGUUUGGGACAUUUGCCCUAUUUUUAAAGGUAUCGGAUUUGGUACAACUGUGAUAUGCUUCUUUUUAAACGUGUACUACAUUGUAGUACUAAGCUGGGGACUUCUUUACUUAUGGCAUAGUUUUACUCACACUCUGCCUUGGUCAACCUGUGACAACGAAUGGAACACAGAAAACUGCUUGACUGUGAGGGAACUCAAUAUUACACUCUCCAACCUCACUUCAGAAGAAAUGAAGAACUCAACAAAAGUUGACGCUGCUCAAGAAUUUUGGGAACGUAAAGUUCUUCAAAUAUCAGAUGGCAUUCAUGAUAUUGGAGGCAUUAGGUGGGAAUUAGCUCUCACUUUGCUGCUAGCAUGGAUAAUUUGCUAUUUCUGCAUAUGGAAAGGUGUGAAAUGGACUGGAAAGGUUGUAUAUUUCACUGCAACAUUCCCUUAUGUGAUGUUGACAAUUUUAUUGAUCCGUGGAGUUACAUUAAAUGGUGCGAUGAAGGGAAUAAUAUUUUACUUAAAGCCGGAUUUCACCAAAUUAAUGGAUGGACAGGUAUGGAUCGAUGCCGGUACUCAAAUUUUCUUUUCCUACGCCAUUUCCUUAGGAUGUAUGACAGCUUUGGGCAGUUACAAUGAUUUCCAUAACAAUUUUUAUAAGCAAUGCAUAUUCAUCGCAUGCCUUAACAGUGGUACAAGCUUAUAUGCUGGAUUUGCCAUUUUUUCUGUACUUGGUUUCAUGGCAACCGAACUUGGGGUUGAUGUAGAAUAUGUUGCAGAAAGUGGACCUGGCUUAGCAUUUAUAGCCUAUCCGAAAGCUGUAACGCAAAUGCCGGCUGCACCAUUGUGGGCAGUUCUAUUUUUCUUCAUGAUACUCAUGCUUGGUUUGGACAGUCAGUUUGUGGCCAUAGAAGGAUUCGUAACGGCGAUCGUGGACAUGUUUCCUAAAUAUCUCAGGGUUGGUUACAGACGGGAGGUUUUCAUUGCCAUCACGUGUUUUGUCUCCUUCCUUAUUGGUCUCUCCAUGGUAACCAAUGGUGGUAUGUACGUGUUCCAAGUGUUUGACUAUUACUCAGCAAGUGGUAUGACUCUGCUGUGGUUCUGUGUCUUUGAGUGCGGAGCAGUUGCCUGGGUAUACGGAGUGAGAAGGUUUUACGAUAAUAUUGAAGAAAUGUUGGGAUUUAGAAUCAACCCCUGGUUAAUGAUCUGCUGGAGUUUCCUAUCUCCACUCGUUACAGGAGGAAUCUUCAUCUUCAGUUUGAUAACGUACAAACCAGUAACGUAUAACAAAACUUACGAAUAUCCUGGAUGGGCUAUUUUCAUUGGCUGGUGUAUGGCUCUUGUUUCGAUGUUGUGCGUACCAGUUUACUUCGUGUACCAGCUGCUGGUGACCCCUGGCACAAUGAGACAGCGAUGGAAGAUUUUAACCACACCCCGUAUUCCAAUGAGGCUGCCAGUUCAUGCAACUGAUCCAGAUGAAGCUGCUAAGAAGAGCCUCACCAACAACCACUACGAGCAAUCAAAGCUAUAGCUCUUCGCACAAAAUACAAAGUUCAUUGAUAAAUCAAAACAAGCCUCAUAGGCUCGUUUCAUUUAGCAAAUCCUGAAUGAUUGUCUUCAUUGAAGACUUCUAGUUUUUGCAACACUUAGUAGGACCACACUUCAACAGCCUUGUAUUCGUAAGGUUGCAAAAUUAAUAAAUCAGUUUAGCUGAUUUAAAAUUAUUUUAUUUCCGAAUAGGCUGUUGAAUUAAAAUAUUUUUUCUAUUUAAAAUAAAUCCUAUUUCCACAACAUUUAGAAAAAUCCAAAUGUGAAUCUCAAUCAACUUUCUUUUAGAUUUAUAGAGGAUUCGAUCCUACCAAUAAGUAUGGUAUUCAUAUGUUCAACUUUAAAAUGAAACGGCAUUUAUUGUAAAUUAAAGCUAUUGUUUCUUGCUUAUUCAUAAUUUAUCUUUAUAAAUCAUUCAUAUAAUUGUAAUUACUGGAUUCAUUAUUUAUAGAAAACAUUUGUUACGAUUUUGUUCAUUGCAUAUAGUUGCAUACAUUGGAUUUAAGUUAUGAAAAUUAUAAAUUUUGUUUUAUAACAAUCUUUUAAAUUGAAUUUCAGAUUUCUGUAAGUUAAAAUCUUAUUUUAUCAACUUGAAACAUUUUGGAUUAGGAUUUUGUAAUAUCUUAUUUUUUAGAAAUUUUGUAGUUUCUGCAUUAUAAAGACAAAUUUUUUUAGAGUGUUCUGUGUUUAAUUUCAAUAUUUAUAAUUCUAAAAGCAUGUAAGUGUAAGUUUCGUAACCAUCUAUAAUCAGAAAUUUAAUGUUAGAAAUCAAACUAAUCUUGUUUCAAUGAAAUUGAGCAAUUUUCGAUUUUUCAUUUUAAGCAAAUAUAGUCCUUCUCCAUUUUGUUUCAAGUAAAUAAAAAUAAUUCUCAAUUCUAUAAGUUUUGAAGUUUCUUUCUUAUUUGAUUAUAUUUCUUAACAUUUGUUGAUUUGUAAAUGUUAGAUUAUUUUAGGUUGACAAAUCUGUUUUGCUUAAAUUAGUUUUUUUUUUAAAUUUUAAAAUAUUUUAAAUAGUAUUUUAACAAUUUUAAAACAUUAAUCAAUAGUUUUUUUUAUAACAAUUUUAACUAGCUGGUUUUGCUGCAUAAAAGAGCUCAAUUUCUGGCAGUUAGACGCUUUAUUUUCCAUCCUGUUGUAAAAUUAAAUUUAGUUCAUUUGUUUGCAGAAUAUCUGUUUCUGAACUUAAUGAUUUUUUUCUGAUAUUAAGAAAUUAAAAUUCUGAGCAAUUAUCUUUUAAUUUCAGCAAACACUAAAGCUUAGUCAAAGAAUUUCUAUAAAUUACCAAAAACUUGCAACCAAUAAUAAUAAUUUUUAAAAUUUAUUUGAAUUACUUUUAAUGUAGAACAAGUUGUUUUAUGUUCGUAAUGUUUUUUAUUUUUUCACGUGUUACAUUUGAAUCAAGUUUAUGUUAUAUUAAAACAAUGAUUUUACUAAGUGGCAAAUACAAGUUUACGAUUGUUAUUGGAAGUAAAACUUGUUAGAUAAUUCCUGUUGCUCAUGGUCAAUUUUGUUGAUAAUUUAUUUCACCCUUUUAGAGCACACAUUGCCACAUUUCAUUUUGUAUUUUUUUUUUUUAAUUAACACCUUUCACAUUUAUUGUAUUUUCAAAUCCAUUAAGUUUCUUGUGAUCGUUAUGAAUUGUAAAUGUGUAGUAUUUCCACUGUCAUUCAAUUUUCAGUCAUAUUUAUUGGUUAAAAAUAUAAUAUAUGGUUAAAUUGUAACAUUUGAUAUGAUCACCUUAUGCAUUUAACCCAAACGAAGAAAAUUUGUAAUGAUGGUUUAAUACUUUAAUAGAAAAAAUACUUCUUGUUGAACUUAAAACUUUUAGCAUUAUUUUGUUCGAUUUUAAAUCAAUAUUGUUGCAAUUCAACCAAAUGUGAUUUAUCCCGGUGAGGUAUGGUAUCACUUCGUACCAUCAGUUGUAAAUAUUGGUCGUAAAUGGAUUUUAAUCUAUGGAUUUAAAACUGCCAAUGAAGGUACAAAUAUUUUGUAAUUUGUGUAAAUCUUUACCAACAAGGGACGAGCUUUUUAUAAUAGGAUGAAAAGGCAGGAACAUGGAUUUAGAACCCCUCCCCCACCCCCCUAAAAAUAUAGUAAAGAAAAAAAAAUUCCUUCCUUGCAAGUUAAAGCCAUUGACCCAAUUUUUACUAAGCACUUAUUCAGCAUAAAUAAAAGUGCAUAUGAUCAAUAUUAAAAAAAAAUCCUGAUAAAUAGUUUUAAAAAAAUAGUAAAUGAAAGCAAAUAUAUGAGAAUUAAAAGAGUGACAUUUAAAAAAAUAUGUUGGCAAAAACUUUUGAUUUUUUUUUUACAUUUGAAUUAGGCUUUGAUUUUUGUUAAAACAUUUCAAAACCAAUAGAAAGGUUUAUUUUGAAGAAGCUUCUACCAAAAUAUACGACAUAGAUUUCAAAAAAGAAAUUUUUUGGAUCUCGUACAAUGUAGUGUUCUCGAAGCUCAUUGCUCCCGAUUGGAUACUCUAAAUAGUUUGAAUGUUAAAAGAUUUCACUUCAUUUACGGCAGUAAUUGUUGAAGGAUUAAAUUUCUUACUAAUUUGUGAAAUUCAAAGAACGUUUCACAAAACUUAUAAAAAAGAAUGAUUUUGUAA